GUUCAAGACUCAUGAGAAGUUUCGGACAGUGGUUUCAUGAUGGGAGAUGCUGAGGAGGAUAUUGCUGUUGUCGGCAUUGGCUGUAAUUUCCCAGGAGGAGAGGGGCUUGACAAUUUCUGGAAGGUUCUGUUGGAGGGGAACAACUGUGCUUUACAGAUUCCCGAUGAAAGGUUUGUCUCUUCCCACUGGUAUGACCCCAAUGACAACAAAGUUGGAAAAUCGCGCACAGAUAAGGCUGCACUCAUGGAUGGGUUUAAUGAGUUUGAUCACAAAUUCUUUGGCAUCACUGAAACUGAAGUGGAACAAAUGGACCCCCAGCAAAAACUCCUUCUUCAGUGUGCYUACAGGGCUCUGGAGAAUGCUGGGAUGCCAAUGGAGAAGGCCAGUGGGACCAAAACAGGAGUGUUUAUAGGGCUUAUGAACAGAGAUUAUGAACAAUCUGCUGCAUUUAUGAACCCAAAUUUAAUCAACCACUGCACCGGCACCGGACUAUCUAUGAGUAUAGCAGCCAACAGAAUCUCAUACAUCUUCAACUUCACUGGACCCUCUCUCUCCAUUGACUGUGCCUGCUCUUCAUCCCUUGUUGCUCUUCAUUUAGCUUGUCAAGCCAUAAAACAAGGUGACUGCGAGAUGGCUCUUUGUGGUGGRGUCAAUUGUAUCAUACAGCCACUAGUCUUUGUCGCUCUCAGCAAAGCAAAGAUGAUUUCACCAGAAGGCACCAGCAAACCWUUCUCCAGCAGAGCAGAUGGCUAUGGCAGAGGAGAGGGUUGUGGGAUUAUUCUUCUGAAGCCACUAAAAAAAGCUCUCAAGGAGKAUGACCAUGUGUGGGGCAUCAUAAGCAACACUGCUGUAAACCAAGAUGGCCACACAGUCACUCCAAUUACCAAGCCYUCCAUGGUCCAGCAAGAGGAGCUGCUGCGCGGAAUCUAUUCAGAGUCUGACCUGUUAUCGGUCCAGUACAUAGAGGCUCAUGGGACUGGAACUCCAGUGGGGGAUCCCAUAGAAGCAGSKAGCAUCUCCAAAGUCAUUGCCAAAGCCAGACCUCCAGGUUCAGAGACACUCCUCAUCGGCUCUGUGAAAGGCAACAUUGGACACACUGAAUCUGCAGCUGGAGUGGCAGGGCUAAUCAAGGUACUCCUAAUGAUGAAACAUGAAACCUUUGUCCCUUCCCUGUUCUACUCUGAGGACAGUGCCAGUAUAGAUGCUAAAUCCUUGAAUGUAAAAGUUCCCACUAAAGCAGAAAAGUGGGGCAACGCAGGCUCUGUUGAACGGGUUGCAGGGAUCAAUAAUUUUGGUUUUGGAGGAACAAAUGCACAUGUGAUUGUCAAACAACACAAGCAGUCAAAUGUUCCUCAAAAAAGUGGUAGGAAAUCACACAAUUGUUUUGUCCUCUCUGCCAGUUCUGAGAAGUCUAUGAGUAUGAUGWUGGAGGACACAAUUCAACAGAUAGACAGAGACAACAAAGGGGAUCUAGAAGCUCUUGCAUACACAUCUGCAUGUAGAAGAAGCCACUUGAAACAUCGAUAUCGGAAAGCAUUCAGAACUCUCUCUCUGGCUGAUCUAAAAGAUCAACUCAAGUCUGCCAUGAACAAGGUAACAACGCCAUCUUACUCAGAUCCCAGGCUAGUAUUUGUCUUCUGUGGGAACGGUGUAACCUAUCAAGGCAUGUGCCAGCAGCUCCUGAAACAUGAGCCUGUGUUCAGAGAGAAGAUCAGCCAAAUUGAGAAGCUUUUCCAAAAGUUCAAUAACAUGAGUAUCAUAGAGAGACUUGAGAGUGAAUCAGAGAGUAAGGAUCUUUCAAAACCAGAUGUUGUCCAGCCCCUCCUCUUUGCCAUUCAGGUUGGCAUAGCCAGUCUCUUCAAGCACUGGGGCAUCAAACCUGAUGCCAUUCUUGGCCACUCUGUAGGAGAGGUUGCUGCUGCCCACUGCUCUGGUCUGUUGUCCCUUGAGGAUGCAGUGAAGGUGAUCUACUUCCGCAGUACUCUGCAGAAUAAGGUCACAGGAGGGAAAAUGCUUGUGGUCAGUAACAUGGUCGUAUCAGAGGUCUUGAACCUCCUUCCCUCCUACUCAAAUAYGYUUUCCUUGGCUGCCUUCAACAGCCCACAGUCCUGCACGCUCUCAGGUGAUGCAGAGGCUAUAGACYGUCUCCAUCGAAAGCUGAGCAGCUCAGUCAAGAGUAAGAAUCUGUUCCUCCGUGUUCUGGAUGUCCCUGCUGCAUACCACAGCCAGAUGAUGGAUCCCAUCCUGUCUCAACUAGAGGACAGUAUUGGCUCUUUACAGGUCAAUGAUGUUGAGGCAGAAUUGUUCUCCACAGUGACAGGAAAGGAGGUAGAGCAACCAGACUUCAGCACAGGCAAAUACUGGGCCAGGAACAUWCGAGAMCCAGUUUCAUUUGAACAGGCAGUGAGAUCAMRAYCCAAAGAGAAAAAMAARGUAGUCUUUGUGGAGAUUGGCCCGAGAAGAGCUCUACAAAGAAACAUCCAGGAGACUCUSGGAAAUGACACCAUAGUUCUGUCCUCAGUGCAGCCAGAUAAAGAUCARGAGACAAUGCUGAAUACUGUGUCCAAACUGUUUGAGUUGGGGGUUCAGGUYGACUGGGAUCAGUUCUACAGAGGRRGUGAGGCUUCKCCAACACCUUUCCCAAGGUAUCAGUUUGAUUCUACUCAGAGAGAUGUUAUCAUUGCUGCAUCAAAGGUGCAUCAUACAUCAGCUAAUCAUCCUGUGRUAASUCAUACAGCUAGCGAUAGCAAUACCUUCAGUUGUGAUCUGUCUUCUGACUCAGUAUCCUACCUGCAUGAGCAUAAACACAAUGGUGUUMCCAUAAUCCCUGGUGCCUUCUAUACUGAGUUGGGUUUGGCUGCCUUCAUGGCCAGUGCCAAACCAAAGGUUCCACUCAACACACUGCAAGUCAGUAUCAGUUUUCAGAGUCCCUAUGUUUUCACACAGAAUGCACCAGAGAUUAAAGUYCAACUUGAACSAGCAGUGGAUGAGACCCAUUUUAAGAUAUAUUCUCCCUCCACAAACCAUGCAUCAGGUACAAUAACGUGCAAGCGAGGACAGCUAGCUGAAGAGCAGAACAUUURGCUAAGCMCGAUCUACAAAAGAUGCAAUUCAGUGUUGAGUUCUGAAAAGUUCUACACUGAAAUUGCUCUGGGUGGGUUUCAGUAUGGCACUGUUUUCCAGAACACGGGGGAUGUACACUAUGGUGAAGAGUUUAAGGAGGCUUUUUCAGUUGUCACAGUUCCAGAGGAAUUGCUGUCUCAGUUGCAUGAAUACUGCAUUCACCCUGUAGUGUUAGACUUCCUGAUGCAACUUGCUCCUGUUACAGUAGCAUAUAGAUCCUCUUCAAGGCCCGGGUUUCCUGUCAAAAUAGGCAGCUUGACAGUGUUUGAACCCCUGCAAGAGGAAAUGAUUGUGUAUCUGAAAGCAAUUGAUGAAGGUGUUGAUCACUAUGAAGUAUGUGGUUGCUUUACAGACAAAGAGGGAAGAGUUUUGGUUGAGCUUAAGCAUGUGAUGAUUAAAUAUCUUGGGAGCCACUCUCAUGUUGUUGAAGAAUACUUUUUCCACAAUGACUUCAAUGUUGUCUGUGAGGAUAUCAAUUCCUCUAAUGCCAGUGAGGCACCAAAGGCCUUGGUCUUUUCUGACCAGGUAGAACUUCCAAAAGCCAUGCAACCACACUUAAGUUCACAGUCUAGAUACAUCUCCUUCACACAAUCUAAGGAGGUCUUGAGCCAUGGAUUUCCUACACUCCUGGCAAACCUUAAUAUCACAGAUCUCAACAAACACUUUCAGGAGGUCUUAUUUGUGUGGGGUCYGGAAGAUGUUACGUCACUGAGAACUGAGUAUGUUCUGGAGAAUAUGGUAAGCUGCUGUGAGAUGUUCAGGAAAAUUGUCCUGGCACUGAGGGCCAUGCAAUUUKCAAAUUCCAUCAGAGUAAUAACCUACCAGUCAGCGGAGAACACAGUGGGCCARAUCAGCGCAGGCUUUGUCCUGUCAGGCAUGACUAGAUCGUGUGCUGCAGAAAUGGAAAASRUUUCCWUCCAGCUGAUUGACAUCAARUCUGUCUCUACAGAGGACAUCAGAGCUCUGUCUCAGGUCUUAAAGUCAUACCCUUGCAAAAGAUACCCAGAGUUGGUUGUGAAAGGUGGGCUGAUUUUGAAACCUGAUAUUGUACAUACUCCCAUUGGAAACAUUGAGAGCACUGAGGGAAGGAUUUUCUCUUCAAUGUCUGAGCCAUGCAUCUUUCAGACAAAUGACCCCUGCAGAAUGACUAGCUUGUCUGCCAUUCCCUGUGAUGUUGACGAUACWAACAUCCAUGAGAAAUCAGUUGAGAUUCAGCUCAGUAAGAUAGCUGUUCAUUCCUCAGACUAUUGUCCUGUCAGUGUCUCUGACCUGAACUAUGGUCAGACAAUGUACUGGAACAAUCACACAUCUCAGAACCACCAGCUCCUGGUUCUUGACUUCAGUGGUACUGUCACAGCUGUAGGGAAAAAUGUGAACAAACUGAAAGUGGGAGACCAUGUAGUAUCAUGUUAUCCCAUUGCUGCAUCUUCUAAGAUUGUGAUUCCUGAAGCAGCAUGCUACAAGACAAAGAGGCUCACAUUUCUGAAAGAGGCUCCUUGUGUCUCCUACUUUGUUCUGGCAUGGGAAAUACUGCACAGACUGUUACCUAGAGUCAAACAACAGAGAAGGUUGAGCAUCAUCWCCUCUGUUCCUGACUCUAGUCUGCUGAAGGUCUUAAUCCAAACAGCAAACAAAUCAGGAUGGAAGGCCAUUGUAGGGACACCGUGCAAUYGGAUGUUUGUUGAUGCAAUUCUCCUCCUUCCACCAUUUGAUAKAUCUCUGUUGGCAGAAGUCAGCAAUUGUCCUGAUGUCAGACAUGUUGUCAUUGUCUGUGAAUCCCAGUCCCACUGCUUGCUUGAACAGAGMGCUUUCCAGAAUGUUAAGGAUAGUGUUCACAUACAGACUCUUCAGAUGUCCAGCARCUUACAAAAGGGAUCACUCAUUGCCAAGAGGCCACACAUUUKUCGUUGGCUCKAYUCCAUGKAUUUMGACAGGAUWUCAUUUUCUCUAGASACRUCUACCUUUCAGAGAAUGUCAUCCGGUAGCAUUGACUUCCUGUCUGUUGAGGAAUCUGAGUCGUACUUCAGRUCAAAGACCCUGUCUGUUGUGGCYCUGGGUAAAGAUGAUUCCAYYGGCACACUGUCRAACAUUCAGUUGCUGCCUAAACCAACCRCGCUUUUCCAGAAGAAGUCUGUYUACAUUGUCACAGGUGGUCUCUCUGGGCUGGGGUUCGAAACAGUGAAGUUCCUUUCGAAGAAAGGUGGAGAGUACAUCGUCAUACUCUCCAGAAGUAGCCCCACACCAGACAUACAGCAGGAGAUAGUCAUUCUGGAAAGACAAUGGAGUGCCCGUAUUAUAUGGAUGGGAUGUGAUGUAUCUGUCUCUGAGCAUGUGCUCAGAGUGAUUGGUCUCAUUGGUCAGAAGUUUCCCUCUUGUCCAAUCAAAGGGGUGUUUCACAGUGCAGUCGUCCUGCAUGAUGGGUUGAUUGAAAARCUUGACAAAUCCCACUUUGAGAAAGUCCUAAAGCCCAAGGUGAAUGGAGCUCUGAAUCUGCACCACGCCACAAAACACUGCAAGUUAGACUACUUUGUGUGCUACUCUUCCAUCMCUUCUUUCCUUGGCAAUGCCUCACAAACAAACUAUGCAGCAGCUAAUUCAUUCCUGGACUACUUCUGUCAGUAUAGACGGAAUAUUGGCCUAUCUGGGCAAUCCAUCAACUGGGGAGCUUUGAACCUUGGUCUCCUGCUUAACAAGGAUCAUUUACACAGGUUUCUGGAGASAAGGGGAUUGAUGGUGAUGGAUGUUACAGAGAUUCAUGAGAGUUUGGAACAAUGCCUCUUGCUAAACAAACCCCAACAGGUUGUAUGUAGGUUUCACAUCAAGAACAUGAUGAGCAAUGUCCUCUCUCAAAAUGCAUCAUUGACCAUGCGUAUGUCUGCAUUAGUGGAUGAGGCAGUGCAAAAAGUACAAUUCCAAAAGUCACAGUCUGAACAUACUUCUGUGCCAUCCUCCCCAAGUGAAUACAUCAAGUCUGUACUCAGUCAAACAAUUGGUGUUGACAAGAAUGAGUUAGAUGACGAUUCUCCUCUCUCUGCCUUAGGAAUUGACUCAAUGCUAGCCAUGACCCUACAGAACCUCAUCUUUCAGGAUAGGGGUGUGAAUGUGCCUCUGGUUACAUUGCUGGACCCCAAUGGGACACUGUCUACAUUGGUAUCAAUGCUGAUGGAGAAUACUGAGGGUGAAUCUCAGAAUGAUGAUCAGAAAGAGGACAUGACAGAUGACAUGUUGACAAGACUAUAGAGAUUCCAAUUGAACAUUUAUAAUUGAAAAUAAAUAUGUAGAUAUCAGAUUUUCCCAUCAUAUUUACAUGUUUGAUCAGACAAGAUUCAGAAACAUUACACAUAUCAUUAUUCGAUAUAUUUGAAACAAUGAUUAGUGUGAGACCGUUAAUUCCCUUCGGCAUUACCUGCAUCCUCACAAAACAUUGUAACAAAGGUAAAUGUGUUGUGAAUUAUCACUAAAUGUGAAAGGAGUUCAAUGUUCUGACUGCUGCGAUGAAAAACUGUUUUUAAAACGUUCAGUUMUGGGGGUCAAUUACCUGUAGCUUCUACCAGAGGGGAGGGGCUGAAAGAGGUAGUUGCCUGGAUGGAAGGGGUCAUUGAGGAUUUUUUUGCUGCACGUUUGGAGGUGCGCUUGGUGUACACAGAGCUUACACCAGUCUAUGGCUAUCUCUGUGUUUUURUUUUGUAGGUGUUGAGCAUUAGGUCGUUGUCCUUACAUCACAUCACUGCCCGAGUCACUUCACGGCGGCACUGCGUUUCAUUGUUUUCUGUGAUGAGGCCGACUAUGGUGCUGUCAUCAGCAUAUUUUAAGAUCUUAACUGAGGUCUGCUGAGAUGUAAACUGGUUUGUGAAAAGGGAGAAGAGCAGGGGGGACAGCACGCAGCCCUGUGGUGCACCAGUACUGAGGGUCAGAGGGUGAGAUGGCAGAUUGUUUACCUUGACAGUCUGUUUCUGUUCCUCAGGAGGUCCAGUAUCUAGUGACACAUAGCUGGGUUGAUGUUCAUGUCAUGCAGCGUAGUGAAUCGUUUGUGGGAAUUGAUGGUAUUGAAUGCCAAUCUAAAGUCUAUGAACAAGAUGCGUGCGUAGGUGUUAGGUGUAUCCAGGCGUCGCAAUGUGUGGUGGAGUGCCAGGAUGACGGCAUCUUCGACUGACCUACUAGCUCUGUAGGCAAACCUGAGUUGAUCCGUCAAUGGGGAUGUGAAUGAUUGUAGGUAGGCCAGGACUAGGCGUUCAAAUGUUUUCAUGGCCACAGAAGUCAGGUUGACAGGUCUGAAGUGAUUGAGGCAGGUUGUCUAUGCGCUUGUUUCCUCAAACUGCUCAUAAAACUCAUUAAGCUUGUCUCUGGGAGGUAACGGUCCUCUUUUGAAGGGGUGGGUUGUUUUUUUGUAAUUUGUCUUCUACUGUAAGCAUUUCCAGACUGAUCUGGAGUCAUUGGCAGUGAAUUGUGCUUCCAAUUGUUUUGUGUGGUUUGUGUUGUUCUUCCUUGCAGAGCGCAAACUUGGUUUAUUUAUAUUUUUCUUGAUCUCCAUUGAUGUAUGGCAGAGUUAUUUUUCCCUAACAUAGUAAAGCUAGUUAUUUUCCUUACAUAGUAAAGCUAGUUAUUUUCAUAGUAAGCGAGUUAUUUUCCUUACAUAGUAAAGCUAGUUAUUUCCCUUACAUAGUAAAUCUAGUUAUUUUCAUAGUAAGCUUGUUAUUUUCUUUACAUAGUAAAGCCAGUUAUUUUCCUACAGAGUAAAUUUAGUUAUUUCAUAGUAAAGCUGGGUAUUUUCCUUGCAUAGUAAAGCUAGUUAUUUUCCCGACAUAGUAAAGCUAGUUAUUUUCCCGACUAAGUAAAGCUAGUUAUUUUCAUAGUAAAGCUAGUUAUUUUCCCUGCAUAGUAAAGCUAGUUAUUUUCCCUGCAUAGUAAAGCUAGUUAUUUCCCUGCAUAGUAAAGCUGUUUAUUUUCUUACAUAGUAAAGCUGUUAUGUUUAUAGUAAAGCUAGUUAUUUUCUCUUACAUAGAAACUAGUUAUUUCAUAGUAAAGCUAGUUAUUUUCCCGACAUAGUAAAGCUAGUUAUUUUUCAUAGUAAAGCUAGUUAUUUUCCCGACAUAGUAAAGCCAGUUAUUUUCCUGACAUAGUAAAGCUAGGUUUUUCCCGACAUAGUAAAGCUAGUUAUUUUCAUAGUACAGCUAGUUAUUUUCCCUUUAUAGUAAAGCUAGUUAUUUUCCUUACUAUAGUAAAGCUAGUUAUUUUCCCUUUAUAGUAAAGCUAGUUAUUUUCCUUACAUAGUAAGCUAGUUAUGUUCAUAGUAAAGCUAGUUAUUUUUCCUUACAUAGUAAAGCUAGUUAUUUUCAUAGUUAAGCUAGUUAUUUUCCCGACAUAGUAAAGCUGUUAUUUUCCCGU